AUGAGAAGUUUUGGUGAGGGAUUAACAAGCCCCGAAGUGGAAAUUGCAGAAGGAGGUGUUAUCGUAGACAGCAAAACUCGUUUUGCCGAUCUGAAAGCAAUGUUAGAUAGCUCGAAAGAUAACUUGAAAAUGGAUGCUAUGAAACGAAUCAUAAAUCUGGUAGCGAAAGGACGUGAUGCAUCGGAACUGUUUCCUGCAGUUGUUAAAAAUGUCGCUGCUAAAAAUCUUGAGUUAAAGAAAUUGGUUUUCGUUUAUCUGGUGAGGUAUGCCGAAGAACAGCAAGAUUUGGCACUUCUUUCAAUCAGCACUUUUCAACGCGCGUUGAAAGAUCCUAAUCAACUUAUUCGUGCAAGCGCUCUGCGUGUUCUUUCAAGCAUCCGAGUACCUAUGAUUGCUCCAGUAAUGUUGCUGGCUAUACGUGAAUCUGUCCGUGACAUGUCUGCUUAUGUUCGAAAAGUGGCCGCACAUGCAAUACCGAAACUCUUUUCACUUGAGGAAAAUUUACAAACAGAACUGAUUGAAUGUAUUGAUUAUCUUCUCGGUGAUAAGCGUACUCUUGUACUUGGCAGUGCGGUAUACGCUUUUGAGGAAACUUGUCCGGAUCGAUUUGAUUUGCUUCACAGACAUUACCGCACUUUGUGUAAGGCUAUAGUCGAUGUGGAUGAGUGGGGACAGGUGGUAAUGAUUGGAUUAUUGACUCGUUAUGCACGCAGUCAGUUUAUUGCGCCGACAAAAGCAGUUGAUCCAGAUCUCACGCUUCUCCUUUCAUCAUGUCGUCCACUACUGCAGAGCCAAAACUACGCUGUAGUUAUGGCUGUUGCCCAGUUAUUUUAUCACUGCGCACCAUUGUUACAACUACCAAUUAUCUCACGCGCGCUUGUCCGGCUAUUACGUGGCCCGCGUGAAGUGCAGAGUGUUGUACUUGUCAACAUUGCAACGAUUUGCGCAACCAAUCCGAAUAUGUUCGAAUCAUUUCUGAAAAGUUUCUUCGUACGCCCUGCGGAACCAAAGCAUAUCAAAUUGCUGAAACUGCAAGUGUUGACCUCACUGGUCUCAGAAACAAAUGUGCAGCUUGUUCUUCGUGAAUUACAGACCUACAUUGGUAUGGCAGAAAUGGCAGAUGCUGCUGUAGAAGCAAUAGGACAGUGUGCUAUUCGUGUUAAUUCCGUUGCCAAAUCAUGUCUAUCCGGAUUAGUAUCUCUAAUUGCUUCAUCGAACGAAAAUGUUGUUUCUGCUGCUGUUGUUGUUUUAAAAAGAUUACUGCAUACAAAUCCGCCUUUGCAAUUACUUACACGUGUACUUCGUCUUAUUGAUUCUGUCAAAGCACCACAAGCUCGGGCAUGUGUGAUUUGGCUUGUUGGUACACAUGUUGAUAAAGUCCCAACCUUAGCACCAGAUGUCUUGCGCAAAAUGAUUAAAAGUUUCACUCAUGACGAUGAGAUGGUAAAGCUGCAAACAAUGAACUUAGCAGCAAAGCUAUGGUUUACAAAUCGUCAAAAAUGUGAACUACUAGUUCGACAUGUAAUGCAGUUGGCUCGGUUCGACCAAAGUUAUGAUAUUCGGGAUAAAUGUCGUUUUUUACGAAAUCUUCUCUUCGGCGAUAAUAAAUUAUUUGCAUUUGCUAAUGAAGUAUUUAUUACCGAGAAACCAUCACCAACUACACAAAGCACCUUCAAAGAUCGCGAGCAAUUCCAACUGGGUAGCUUGUCACACUUCCUCAAUCAACGUUGUAGACGAUAUCGCGAUUUACCACAAUUUCCGGAGAUUGCUCCUGAUCCAUCUGUGCGAAAUACAAAUCAAAUAGAAGAAAUAAAUGAUGAUAUGCGAGUUAUUCAUGAAACCGAAGACGAUGAAAGUGAAGAGGAAGAUUUUUAUUCGGAUGAUGAACAGAGUGAGAAAGAAGAAAGUGAUGAGGAGGAGGACCGAGAUGAAAGUGAUGAGGAGGAGAAUGAAAAUGAUGAUGGUAACGAAGAAAACAAGGAGGAAAGUAGAAGUGAUGGGAGCGAGGAGGAACUCGCAGUAGCUGAGCCUAAAAUGUCUGAAAAUCUUGAUCUUUUAUUGGAUUUAAAUUUUGAACUGGCACCGAUUCUUGGUAACAACUGUGUCGUGGGACCGAAAUUGGUUAAAACGUCGUUUACGCCACUUAUGAAUCAUACAAUGUGGUCCACAGGGAUCGGUAUAGAUAUUUGUUUUCCGCGUGAAACAUCACCAAUAUCAUCGUCAAUGUGCGCUGUUUUAUUUAGGUUUACAAACAAUUUGGAAACUACAUCUGCAGAAAUCACAGUAUCCCCGAAGGCCACAGACCAAGUGUUAACUAGUGGUCGAAUCAAAGUGGGCAGAUUAUCACCCCGUGAAAGUAUCGUUGAGAAAGUUUACAUUGACUUUGGUGAUAGCAAGCGGGCAUCUGAAUGGGUUAUCAGUGCAUUAGAUGCUAACGAAGUGACCAUCAUCAUUGAAGCUCCAAUGGGCGAACAAAUUGAACCAAUAACAAUGACAGAAGAACAGUUUAUCAAUGGAAUUUUACGUCUGAGUGGAAUGAACGAACACUGUGGAAAUUUGAAGGAACCUUUGAGGCCAGAACAAUUAUAUGCUGUUGCAAAUUGCACCAAUGUCACCGGUUCCGAAGCUCAUUUCUGUGCGCAAACGUUAUCCAAGAAGCAGCAGGUAUUGAUUGCUCUGGAAUCAAAACAAGUCCAUGUGCACUGUGAGAACAUUAUGCUUGGUUCACUGCUUUGUAAUGAUAUUGUCAAGAAAUCUUUGGAAACAACACUGGAAUCCAACUCUUGA